GGGCCGCAUUUUCAUUUCAACUUUGUGUGCGACGAGUUGUGUCUCCAGUCGCGUGUCCUGUUAGCAGCCACCUCCGCGUCCGCAGCGCGUCCCUCUUCGUUCCGUUCGCCCGCAGUGUUCGCAUCGAAGAUCUAUAUAAAAUUGGAAUAUAUUUUAAGAAUUUCGACUUAAAAAUACAAAAAAAAAAAACAAGCUUCAAAAACAAGCGAGCAACUCGAGACUUGCUCUUGGUUCAAUUUGUGCAUCGAAUAGAUCCAAAUCCUCGAAUCCAGUGGAACACGAAUAAAACCCCAACGUGAUCCACCGCUGUGCCAUUGACUCCAGCUAAAAGGGAUUAACUAAGGCCCAAAGCAAAGGAUUUUAACAACCUGAAGACACCACACAAAAAUAGAAAAAUAGAGAAUAGCAGCAGCAGCAGCAGCAAAAGCAGCCGCAGCAGAGAAGAAAGCCGAAGAAGUGAGGCCGAGUAGCGAAAUCCAAAAAUCCACAUUUUUGGAAUUUCAAUUUCAAGCCAAAACAGAACUCACAGAACCAGAUCAAAAUGGGACACCUGACGCGAAGCAGCAGCCUAAUGGCCAUAGUCCUAUGCCUGGUACUCAACACAAAGCACCUGUCGGUUCAUGGCGACGCCUCGCACAUUGAGUCCGCCGCCCUGCCCCUCGAACACAGGGCCGGCUACGGUCCGCCGGCGCCCAUUUACGGAGCGCCCCAGGGACCGCUGAGCACCGGGGCCACCAACGAUGUGUCGGAGGAGGCCUGGCCGCUGGCCAGCACCAACGACAGUCCGCAGAUCAAGCACCUGCAGGUGCAGUGCGAGAAGACGCACAUGCGGGUGAACAUCGAGUUCGACCGACCCUUCUACGGCAUGAUCUUCUCCAAGGGAUUCUACAGCGAUCCGCACUGUGUGCACUUGAAGCCGGGCACUGGCCACCUGAGCGCCACCUUCGAGAUCUUCCUGAAUAGCUGCGGCAUGACCAGCUCGGCCAAUCACAAUGCGGCUGGCUAUGGAGCGCCCACGCCAUCGGGCAGCUAUGUGGAGAACACCAUCAUCAUCCAGUACGAUCCGUAUGUGCAGGAGGUGUGGGAUCAGGCCCGCAAAUUGCGCUGCACCUGGUACGAUUUCUACGAGAAGGCGGUGACCUUCAGACCCUUCCAGGUGGACAUGUUGCAUGCGGUGACGGCCAAUUUCCUGGGCGACAAUCUCCAGUGCUGGAUGCAGAUCCAGGUGGGCAAGGGUCCCUGGGCCUCCGAAGUCUCCGGAAUUGUGAAGAUCGGACAGACCAUGACCAUGGUGCUGGCCAUCAAGGACGAUGAGAACAAGUUCGACAUGCUGGUCCGCAAUUGUGUGGCCCAUGAUGGCAAGCGCGCUCCCAUCCAGUUGGUGGACCAGAAUGGCUGCGUUGUCAGGCCCAAGAUAAUGAGUAAAUUCCAGAAGAUCAAGAACUUCGGACCCUCCGCCUCCGUGGUCAGCUUCGCCUACUUCCAGGCCUUCAAGUUCCCCGACUCGAUGAACGUGCACUUCCAGUGUGUCAUCCAGGUGUGCCGCUACAACUGCCCCGAGCCCAAGUGCGGUCCUGGCCUGCCGGGUGGUGAGUACGGUCUGCCCCAGAUUGGCGCCAACGGUCUGUCCGAGGAGUACGGUCCGCCGGAGGCCUACGAACGCAAUGACUUUGCCUUGGGCGGUCCCGGAGUUCUGCCCCCGGCUGCCUACCCUGAUCCACGUCACCCGGCCAACGAUGCCACUGGAGCGUAUUCGGAGAAUCAGCCCGAUGUGGUGCCCUCACCUCAGGCUCAGACGUCGGCGGCAGUGCCCACUGCUGAUUCGGGAUCGGUAUCGGGACCGGCCAGCUCCCCGCAGCCCCAGCAGCCCACGGGCAGCAAUGAACUGGGUCUGCCACCGCCACCACUGCCCGGUCAGAGUGGUCAGUACAGCACGGUGAAGCGCAAGGAUGACCUGAGUGCCGGUGGCAAUCUGGUUUCCCUGGGAGGACGGCCGCGAUCCGUCGAGGGAUUGGACGAUCUGCGUGGCGUGCGCAGGCGCAGGGACACCAUGGACAUUGUGAUGAAGCCGCAGAGGAUCUACAAGAGGAAUGCGCAGGAGAUGACCGAUGUGAACACCAGCAGGAUCAUCCAGGUGGUGGCUCCCGGCGACGUGAACUUUGCGCUGAACAGCAAUGCCAGCAACGAGACGGUGGUGAUCCAGUCCGCCCGCUCGGCGGAUGCGGAGACCAUCUGCAUGUCGGUGCCCAGCUUUGUGGGAGGAUUGGUCAUGCUGCUCCUCGUCCUGGCCGUCGCCUCUCUAGUCGCCGCCUUCCUCUUCGUCCGCGUGCGUCACUUCGAUCGCAAGGGUGCGGGCAUGGCCUAUGUGAACUAAGGAUCUGAAGGACCAAAAAUCCCGAGGAUCCACAAUUCAUCACCAGCGACGACGACGAUCAUCGGCGUGAACAGAAAACCAAAUCAGUUUUAUGUGCACUUCAGACAGACACUACUCAUCCAUCUAUAUAGGCACCCCCUAUCCUGUAGCCAUCCAAUCACUUCACUAUUUAUUCUUCGGUUAUUUAUUGAGACCCAACCACUUUUCCUCCUCCUCCAACACCACGCCCUAUCUUCUAUAUGUUUCCCUAGUUUUAGACGAAGCGAAAUUGAAUUGUCAGACUUGUUAAGUUUCAGUUAUACCUACAAAGGAUUUAAGGCCUCCAUCUGAUUGGACAGCUUCAGAUUCAGAUACAGAUAAAGCCUUGAAUGUUACAAUAUGCAAGUUUAUAUCGAAAACGAAAAUCAAACGAAGUAAAGUAGCGGCAAGCAUGGAAAAGCAGAAAAUCGUUUACAAUAAGUUAAUAUAGCAAAUGUAUAUAUUAAAUUAUUUAUUUAUUACUUUAUUUGAUAGCUGCGAAAUAAUAAAAAGUUUACUUUUAUUAA